AUGAAUGUCGAAAAAGGGAAAAUCUAUGUUGGAGGAUUCACAAAUGAUUUUAGUGAAGAAGAUUUGAGAGAAUUAUUUAGUGAGUUUGGAACAAUAGAAUCUAUCUCUAUUUUUCACAAAAGAAUUACUUUUGCACAUAUCAUUUUUACAAACAAACAAAGUUGUGCUAAAGCUAUUGAAAAAUAUGAAAUGAAAAAAGUUAAGGGAAUAACUUUAAGAGUUGGAGAAAUGAAAAUUACACCAGAAAAAGAAAAAGUUCAAGACGAAAGGACUUUUGGUGAUAUUAAAAUAAGUGUUGUAUUAGUAAGACCAAUGCAUGAAGAUAAUAUUGGGGCUGUUGGAAGGUUAUGUGCCAAUUAUGGAAUUAACAAAUUGUAUAUUGUCAAUCCAUUGUGUAAAAUUGGAGAAGAAUCAAUUAAAGUAUCCCGACAUGGAAACGGAUAUAUUGAAGGUGCUGUAAUAUGUAAUUCACUUGAAGAAGUAAGAAAAGACUGUACAUUAUUGGUUGGAUAUACUGCAAGAGAAAGUUCUGGACAAAAAAACAAAAGAAUUUUAAUGACAAUGCAAGAAGCUGGAGACAUGUUAUCAACAAUGAAAGGAUGUCUUGGUUUAGUUUUUGGAAAUGAAAGUAAUGGACUUAAUACUGAGGAGUGUGAUGCAUGUGAUUUAUUAAAUAAAAUUGAUAUUAGAAGUCAUUAUCCAGUAUUAAAUCUUAGCCAUGCAGUUGGUAUUGCAUUAAAUUAUAUGCACAUGCGAUUAAGAGAUGGUGGAGACUUAGUUCCUGAAGGGUGCAAAGAAAAUAUUGCCAAAGAAAAAGGAGAGUUGCUUGAACAAUGGAAAGAAAUUUUACAUUCUGUAAUGAAUGAGCAAAGAGAAAUUGGUGCUGUUGAGUCAAUGAAAAAAUUACUCGGAAGAGUUAUGUUAACUGAACGAGAAGCAGCUGCAUUAGAUGGUGCAUUCAAGGCAUUACUACAUCAUUUUCAUGAAAAAGAAGUUCAUUCUCAAGAAAUAAAUAAUAAAAAAGAAGAUUUUAUAGAACAAUCACAAAAUUAA